AUGGGUUCAAUUCUCAGCCGAAGAAUCGCUGGUGUUGAAGACAUCGACAUCCAGGCCAAUUCUGCAUACAGAUAUCCUCCAAAAUCAGGAAACUAUGUUGCCAGCCACUUUUUCAUGGGAGGAGAAAAGUUUGACACUCCUCAUCCCGAGGGUUACCUUUUUGGGGAAAAUAUGGAUCUCAACUUUCUCGGUAACCGUCCAGUGCAGUUUCCCUAUGUUACUCCAGCUCCCCAUGAACCAGUCAAGACACUGAGAAGUCUUGUCAACAAGAAGGACUCGUUACGAUUGGUCAGGUAUAAAGAUGAUGCUGAUACUCCCACCGAUGAAGGAGUAAAGCCAAGAGCCAUGUAUGGAGUGGAGUUCACCUUUGACUCUGAUGCACGAGUGGCCAUCACUCUCUACUGUCAGGCCUUUGAGGAGUUCUCCAAUGGGAUGGCGAUAUACAGCCCCAAAAGCCCUGCGCUGGUCUCUGAAACAGUAUAUUACAAAAGAGGGGUUAGCCAGCAGUUUACCCUGCCAUCCUUCAAGAUUGAUUUCUCUGAAUGGAAGGAAGAAGAUCUCAACUUUGAUUUGGACCGAGGUGUUUUUCCCAUGGUGAUUCAGGCUGUGGUUGAUGAAGGAGAUGAUUGUUUGGGACAUGCUCAUGUACUGCUUGCAGCAUUUGAAAGACAUGUUGAUGGCAGUUUCUCAGUGAAACCUUUGAAGAAGCAGAAACAAAUAGUGGAUCGUGUUAGUUAUUUGUUACAGGAGAUUUACGGAAUUGAAAACAAAAAUAAUCAGGAAACAAAGCCGUCUGAUGAUGAGAACAGUGACAACAGCAACGGUGUGGUGUGUCUGUCGGAUCUGCGGGACACUUUGAUUUUGCCCUGUAGACAUUUGUGUCUGUGUAACUCCUGUGCUGACACUCUACGCUACCAGGCCAACAACUGUCCUAUCUGCAGACUGCCGUUUCGAGCUCUUCUUCAGAUCCGGGCUGUAAGAAAGAAGCCCGGAGCUCUUUCUCCUGUUUCCUUCAGCCCAGUUCUGGCUCAGAGCAUGGACCACGAUGAGCAUUCGAGCUCAGACUCCGUUCCUCCAGGUUUUGAGCCCAUCUCUCUGCUGGAGGCGUUGAACGGUGUGGGUGCCGUUUCUCCUGGCAUUCCCUCGGCACCUCUGUAUGACGAGAUCAACUUCUCUGGCAGUCUGAGUGGAGAGAGCCGGCAGCUCAGCUCACCUGAUCACUCUGGAGACAGUGCAGGACAGAAGAGCAAAGUCAGCAAAUCCCCCGACAGCACUCUGCGCUCUCCAUCGUCACCCAUUCAAGAGGAGGAUGAAGAGAAGCUCUCAGAGAUGUCUGAUGCCCAGGCUCACAUGCUGCUUUCCAGCAGUCCCGCACCCACUGAGGGCACAGCUGGGGAUGAUGCGCCUGAUUCACUGUCUCCUGAAGAGGAGGAUCAUCUGAAUCUGGAUGAAGAGGCCAUGAAUGACUGCAGCAGCGAGCACAGCAGCUUUACCAAAACUGAAAGUGAAACGCCUGGAGACCUGUCUCUUCCUGCUCUAGGUCCUGAUUCCUGCUCUAUUGGUUUGGAAGAGUAA